AUGGGAAGCACUUCAACGGACCGUUACACAAGGUACACAAUAACCAUCGGUUGCGGCGUGAUCGCCAUCUGGACUAUCUUCAGUGUCCUUGGAAUUGCGUUUCAAUGCGGCUCAGUCAAUCAGGAGAUUGACACACCAGAUAGAUGUGCGGACGGAGCGAUGUGGUACCCCGUGACAGUCACGAAUGCGCUGACGGACGCCUUGCUCGCGUUCUCAUUCACACCUGUGCUCGUGAACCUCUCCAUGAAAAGGCAGCAGAAGUUCAAGUUGUCAUGCUUGUGGAGCAUCCGGCUUUUGGUGUGCGUCGCUACAGUUGCCCAGCUCGUGUCACUCGCGGGAGAACUGGGCUCUACAGACCAGACUAGAGCCAUGUUGAUUCCGGUGGUUCUACAACAACUCGUCUUGAACCUCUCAGUGCUCACAGCCAUCAUUCUCGGCCUCAGUGCCUUCUUCGCAAACCUCUCAGCCGGCCGAUUCGGGACAGAGAUCAACGGCGGAGACUAUGUUCUGAGCAAUGCGUCAGGAGGAAUGAAGAAGAGCUCGGCCGGGUCGAGGAAGAUGCGAGGAUCGAGCAAGGGCAGGUCACGGCAAAGCAUUUCCAACGCAGGAAGUGAAAGAGACGAACCACUGAAAAUCUAUGGGAGUAGACGGGGAGGUGUGCUUUCGAAGCCUUCUCAUUAUGGCAACGGCGAGACUGUGAUUAGACACAACCCAAGGACGGUCUCGGAAGAUGCAGGGAGCGAUCGAUCGCAGGAAAACAUCAUUCGACAGACUGUUACAUGGGAAGUGUCAUACAACGCACCUGGUACCCGGGAGGAUGAUACGCAGCCGCCGCAGCUGAAUGAUGAACCCAAUGCAACGAGGACGAGGAAUUUUAUCGAGUAG